AUGUACUCAACGAUGACGGCGUUCGAGAUCGACCGAUGCGCCGUCCUUGUGAAAAAGACCAAGAGAAUGGGGGACAAAGCGGCCGUUCACCACGGAGUCAAGGGAGGAGAAGAGGCCCAGCUGGAGAACAAACGGAGAGACUCUUUGCGACUCGAUCCGAGGGAGUUUAACGGCCGACGCGCCUUCCUGGAGGAAGAAACCGAGAGAAUGGGAAGCAAAGCGGCCCUUCACCACGGAGUCAAGGGAGGAGAGGAGGCCCAACUGGAGGACGAACGGCGAGAGACCGUCGGCGUCGGCCCUGUCACCGUCAGAUUCCUCGAGAGAUUCACCGGACAUGCUCUCGGUCGUUCUGCGUACCCGGAAUCCUCUUUCUUCAGGAAACUCUUCUGGCUUAUCGUCUUUUUCAUCGCCACGGGCUACAUGAUCUACCAGAUCGUGGACGUCAUCAACUUAUACAUGUCCAACCCGACCACGACCGGAACGCAGAUGGUGACGCGGGACUCUCUCCAGUUCCCGGCGGUCACGAUCUGCCCGCACAGCGCUCCGUUGAUGAACAUGGCCGAUGUCCAAAGCCUCGAGAAAUCCCUGCGGGGCGUCUUGAAGCUCGACCGCGCGCUCCAGCGGGUGCUUCGGAGGCUGUCGAGGGCCGAGGAUGAGUGCAGCCAGGCGAUGGCGGAUCCGACUUGUUUCUCUGAUGCGAAAUGCGGCGUGGAUGAGAAUCGCGUGCAGUCGACGUGCAUCAGAGCCUUCGAUCAAAUUUACUGGAGCAUAUUCCCCCAACCGGACGAGAAAGAUGCCACGAAUCCGGAUGGAGGUCCGGAGUUCGGAGGCCACCCGGAUGGAGUCGCGCAAGACGGAAUGUGCAACAACCAGACGGACCCCGAAUGGACAGACGAUUCCGUCUCGGAGAGUGUAAUACGCUAUCUCCUAAAGGCCCUGCUCCGCAUCCAGUCCUUCACGCUGGAGGGUUUUCUAGAGCAGACGGACGUGAAAAGCAGGCGGAAUCUCUUCGACAUGGAGAAGGCGAUACGCCAUUGCAGCUUCAAUCAGGAACCUUGCAAUCCGCGAGAUUUCGGUGAUCUGCUGACUUCAGAAUACGGAAACUGUAUCACUUUCAACGCCGAUGGAAAGCACAAGGUGAAUGCCACCGAGGCGUCCCAAUACGGUUAUCGCGCCGGAGAGCCGAGUUUCUUCAAGGGCAUGGACCCUUCGAAAGGGCUUCAACUCAUCCUCACGUCCUACACACCGAACGACCUGCGCCUCCUGUCGACGACUCAGGGCUUCAGGAUCAAGAUCCACGCCCCCUCAGACACGGAAGGCGACACCAUCGGAGACGGAUUCGACGUCAACUUCGACGAGGUCUCCUACAUCGGCGUGAGGAAGCUGGAGUUCGAAAGGCUCCAUCCUGGGGAUGGAGGCACUUGCGCUUUGGAUUCUUAUCUCGAUGAGCAUUUGGACACAUCGCUCCUCGUCUAUUCGCACGAUAUGCAUUAUAGGAAAAAGACGUGCCUGGACUUGUGCUACAGGCGAAAGGUGCUGCGAGACUUCGGAAAGGAGACGUGCGACUGGUCUGACCCGUUGGAUUUUUGCUACUCCAGAGCUUUCAGAGACGCCGAGGAUGCGUCGAGCAACAAGGGCGAGAACCUCUGCGGCUGUCCCCCCUACUCCUGCACGUACGUCUCGACUCGAUCGAAAUCCUCCGCCCACGAAGACGAAAAUAUAACACCACGCCUUCGCCUUCAGGGAGGAGACGUUCCAGUGGUCCUUCUCCUCGGCGAAGUUGGAUCCCGAGACCGCAAGGCUCCUGGAUCUCGUCGCGUGGAUGCGGAAGGAGAAGGGGAAAAUCGAGAGCGAGCAGAGAUUUCUGAGCUACUGCCGACAGCCCCAUGGACGAGCUUCGUCGGCACGGUCGGCGGGCUGUUGGGUCUCUACACCGGUCUCUCUUUCAUCUCCGUCAUGGAAAUGCUGGAGUGGAUCCUGGACCUUCUCUUGUACGGUUGGAGGAAGCCCCGGAAGGAUAAAAUAGGACCGACACGUACGACCAUGCUCACAUUGGAAGCAGAGUCCAGAAAGAAGGUCGCUCUGGAUCCCGGCCCUCCUUGGGGAUAUGCUCCGGUCUACACUCGGCCAUCCUUGAAGGAUACCCAAAGAGCUGGAUUCGAUCUUGCCUUCUCCAACUAUCAUUUCUAG